AUGAAAGACCCUUUUGAAAUAUAUCAAGAUAACAUCAAAAAGAACAUCGAACGAAGAAAUGUUAAACCAUUGAGUACUUUAUUAGAUGUUAGUAAUGUUCAAUCACACCCAAAACGUCAUAAAAUACCAUUACAACCAGUUAAAAAGGUAUUAUCAACUUUUAAAUCAACAAAUAUUCAAUCACAACAUCGAAAAAAACCAAAAGUUUUACAUUUUGAAGUGCUUGAAAACAGAGGAUUAGCUAAGAAGUUCAACAAUAUAGAUCAUCAAUUCCUAAAUUCAAAUGAUUUAAUUGUCUCCAAUUGUGAAAAUAGUUUAAAAUUAAUAGUUGAUUGGUUUAAAAUAAGUAAUUUUGAUUAUGAAUCAAAGGAGAAAGAAGGAAAUUUAGUUGAUAAACCAAUGGAGAGUGAUAUUUUGCGAUCUAUUUUGAAAAGUGAUAAUAAAUAUCAAGUUAAAGCAACUCAUAAAAUAAUUGAGCUUGAAAAAUUGGGUAAUUCUUAUAUGUGUAAAGUAACUGAUGGAAUAGUUGAGAAAAAGGUUCUUAUGCUUUGCUUGAUUGAUAUUGAGUUACAUGUUAAUGAUGAGAUCAAUUUAAAUAAUUUACAUUUUAUACAAAAUGGUCUGGAAUAUUACUUAAAAUGGGAACGGAUUAUUAAAUAG